GUUUCUCCUCCCUCCUCUCCCGCUUGCUGCCCCUCCCCCAUGAUCCCCCCUCGCUACCUGUGUCAUCACGGCCAUAUUAGACACACGUACAGGAGGAAUGAGGACGUUCCGCGAUAAAUGAGGCUCCCCUGAAGCUUUCAAGGUCUUCUCGGUAGCUGCGCCACGAAGCCCCCGGGAAUUGGAUCGCGAGGGACAGUCCGCGAAGCAUGGCAUGGCACUGCAACGGUACUACAAACCAAGAGAUGGUGACGAAGCUGAAAGAUGCUGGCAUAUUGGCAACGGACAAGGCAGAAGCCGCUAUGCUCGCUGUUGACAGAGCCAAAUACUGCCACGAACCGGACCCUUAUCUCGAUCGUCCAAGAAGAAUCGGUUACAACGUGACCAUCAGCGCACCGCAUAUGCAUGCAUACGCGUUGUCUAUCCUCUCCGACCAGCUCUUCGACGGCGCCAAGGCACUCGACGUCGGUUCAGGCUCGGGUUAUCUGUCCGCCUGCAUGGCGUUCAUGGUAGGCUCGCACGGACGCGUAACAGGCAUCGAACAUAUUCCCGAACUCAUAGAGGUCUCCACCAGGAACGUGCGCGAGGAUAAUCCGCACUUCCUUAAGGAAGACCGCAUCAAAUUUGUGGUGGGAGACGGCAGAUUGGGACACGCUGCUGACGGCCCUUACAACGCAAUACACGUUGGAGCAGCGGCCGAAACUUUACCGCAAACGCUGAUAGACCAACUGGCUCCCGGAGGUCGACUGAUCUGCCCGGUCGUGGCUAUAGAAGGUUUUCAAAGGUUCCAAGAUCUGCUACAGGUGGACAAGAGCACGGACGGCGCGAUCACGAAGAAGAAACUGAUGCAAGUCUCUUAUGUUCCUCUCACGGAUCCUACCACUCAAUUACGUAAUUAGAAUCAUUAAGGUAUCCUUUUUAAAUAAAUACUAUCACCCUACGUAUUUCCUAUUUCAAAAGUUUAGCAGUGAUAUCGUCCUAAGAAGUUUCCAGAUGAAAUAAUACUCAAUAAGACUGGAUCAUAAGGAACGUAACAAAAACUUUUCAAUUUUGUUGAUUUUUCAAGACUUUACAUUAUAAUAAGUAAAAAUGCCUUUUAUAUAUACUUGAUAGUUUUUCAGAUUAACUAUAUUAAGAAACUAUUAUAAAAUCCAUUGGGGACCACCUCAACAUCUGUAUAACAUUUUGGCAUCACAAUGACGGCAGGUUAAAAUGGCAAGCAUCCGCGAUCCAUCUAGCUUUAGGAAUUAUGAAAAGGAGGGGAGAUAAAUUGAUUAUUUAUUUAUACUACUUUAUUUAUACCACUUUGCUCCUUCUACUUUCUAUAACUUUUUACUGAAUAUAAUUUUAUAAAUCCCUCAAAACAUAGGAUAUAAAGAUGUGAUAAAUGCACUCA